GUCAUUAUUGAGGUUGUUGUCUUUUUUACCACUCCCAUUGAACACAGAUCACUUCAGAUAAGUCCCUAUUGGUCUUUGAACUUCAGCUGUUGAGACAUCGCUCGCCGGUGAACAUAGUUCUGACAGACGAUUGCAACUCAGCGUUCAACACCAUAGUGCUGACCCUGGGACUAAACACCUCCAUCUGCAACUGGAUCCUGGACUUCCUGACGGGCCGCACCCAGCUGGUAAGGGUUUGGUGCUGAAGUGUAAAGGGUGAUAGUAAUCACUGAAGAUAAAUAAUGACCGUCCACGAGCCAAAAGACAAAAACAAUGGCGUGUGGCUGAUCUUUUUCAUGCUGGGCUUAGGAACGCUCCUGCCAUGGAACUUCUUUAUGACAGCCACCAUGUAUUUUAGCAGCCGUCUCAGAGACCCCUCCCAAAUGGGCACCAACCUGUCAGGCAAUGGGAACGGGGCAGAAGGGAACAACCGUAGCCUUUUGGAGGCCAAGUUCAAUAACGUAAUGACACUUUGUGCCAUGGUGCCUUUACUGGCCUUCACCUGUCUCAACUCAGUCCUGCAUCAAAGGAUUCCUCAGAAGUUUCGGAUCAUGGGCAGCCUGGCAGUGAUUUUGGUGGUGUUUCUUCUGACAGCCAUUUUGGUUAAAAUAGAGAUGGCACCCCUCCCCUUUUUCACGUUGACCAUGAUCAAGAUUGUCAUCAUAAACUCCUUUGGAGCUAUCCUGCAGGGCAGUCUGUUUGGCAUGGCAGGCCAGCUGCCUACCAAAUACACCACACCCAUCAUGAGUGGGCAAGGCCUGGCGGGAACUUUCGCUGCCUUCUCCAUGAUCUGUGCUAUCUCAAGUGGCUCGGAGAUAAAUGACGCUGCUUUUGGAUACUUCAUCACAGCCUGUGUAGUGAUCUUAUUGGCCAUAAUAUCCUAUGUGGUCCUCCCUAAACUGGAGUUCUACCAAUAUUACAAGACCCAAAGUGGAAACAGAAUUAGUGAUGAGGAGAACAAGCUGGAUCUACUCAAGAAAGAAAAUGCAGCAGAGACUAAACCCGUUUUCAAAAAAGGAGAAGAGGAGCAAAACGUGUCCAUGUUGACCAUCUUCAAGAAGAUCUGGGUCCUGGCUCUCUCUGUGUGUUUUGCCUUCACCAUCACCAUCGGCACCUUCCCGGCAGUCACUGUGGAUGUGAAGUCUACCAUCGCUGAUGGAGGCACCUGGGAGCUGUACUUCAUCCCCGUGUGUUGUUUCCUGCUCUUCAACCUCAGCGACUGGGUUGGGAGAAGCCUUACUGCUGUGUGUAUGUGGCCUGGGAAGGACAGCAAACUGGUGCCCAUUCUUCUGGUGGCCCGUGUGAUCUUCGUGCCGCUCUUCAUGCUGUGCAAUGUUCAGCCCCGCUACAACCUGCCUAUCUUCUUUGAACACGACGCCUGGUUCAUCGUCUUCAUGAUAGUCUUUGCCUUUUCCAAUGGAUACCUGGCCAGCCUUUGCAUGUGCUUUGGGCCCAAAAAAGUUGCUGCUCAUGAAGCUGAGACAGCUGGAGCCAUUAUGGCCUUCUUCAUGUCCCUGGGUUUGGCUCUGGGAGCGUCCCUCUCAUUCCUCUUCAGAGGCCUGGUCUAAAAUGGCGCCCUGUAGAGAACAUGACCCCAAAACCCCAAAUUGACCUAUAAAACUUGCAUUGUAACAAAUUG